UGGUAAAACACUCCCGCUUGCCCAACAUUCAAAAAAACAUAAGGGCCCGGAAAAAUGUAAAUUAAAACAGAAAAAAUCUCUAUUAAAUAAUUCAGGACACAAUUAUGAGGUGCCAUCUGGGCUGUCCAAAUCAUGAAGAAGCCGAUCUGGACCGUUCAUACCUUUAAAACUUAAAAAAACCUGUAUACAAAGGAGGCGAAGGCUAAAAGGUUUGAGCAAGGAAUGUAGAGUUAAUUCUUCGCUUCUCGCCCUUUUGUCACAUCACUUUUUUCUCUUCUGUCUUUCGCUUUGUUGCAUUCGAUCUUACUUUGCCAGAGGACUGUUAGGGAGAUAUGGCUAUGGAGAUAACCCAGAUUCUUCUGAAUGCCCAGUCGCCGGAUGGAAAUGUUCGCAAUGUGGCAGAAGAGAAUCUAAGGCAGUUUCAGGAACAAAACUUGCCUGUUUUCUUUCUGUCUCUGUCUGUUGAGCUUGCAAAUGAUGAUAAGCCACCAGAGUCACGGAAGUUGGCUGGUCUAGUUUUGAAAAAUUCCUUGGACGCAAAAGAAGCUGCCAGGAAAGAAGAGCUAAUUCAGCGCUGGGUUUCCCUUGAUCCUGUUGUGAAAGCUCAAAUAAAGAAUGCACUCCUGCAAACACUCUCAUCGGCUGCCCAAGAUGCCAGGCAUACCUCUUCACAGGUUAUUGCAAAGAUAGCAUCAAUCGAAAUCCCCCGCCAAGAGUGGCCAGAGCUUGUAGUUGUUUUGUUGGGCAAUAUGAGUAGCCCAGUAGGAGAAAAACAAGCCACACUGAAGCAAGCAACUCUUGAAACUCUUGGGUAUGUUUGUGAAGAGAUAUCAUCUGAUGUACUUGCACAGGAUCAAGUGAACUCAAUUCUUACAGCUGUUGUCCAGGGCAUGAACACAACUGAUGGCAAUAAUGAUGUAUGUCUUGCAGCAACAAGAGCUUUGUAUAAUGCCCUUGAUUUUGCACAGACCAAUUUUGAGAAUGAAAUGGAGAGGAAUUACAUUAUGCGUGUUAUUUGUGAAACAACAUUGUCAGCAGAUGUCCGCAUACGACAAGCUGCAUUUGAAUGUCUUGUUUCAAUUUCUUCAAUAUACUAUGAGAAACUUGCCCCUUACAUGCAGGACAUCUUUAGAAUCACAGCAAAAGCAGUUAAAAGUGAUGAAGAGCCUGUUGCUCUUCAAGCUAUAGAGUUUUGGAGUUCUAUUUGUGAUGAAGAGAUUGAGAUUCAGGAGGAAUAUGGAGGGGACUUUAGUGGAGAUUCUGAGAUUUCUCAUUUCCAUUUUAUAAAACAAGCAUUGCCUGCCCUCGUGCCUUUAUUGUUGGAAACUUUAACAAAGCAGGAAGAAGACCAGGACCAAGAAGAAGGUUCAUGGAAUUUGGCUAUGGCAGGGGGAACUUGCUUAGGUUUAGUUGCUAGGACUGUUGGUGAUGAUGUAGUUCCUCUUGUCAUGCCUUAUGUGCAAGAGAAUAUUUCAAAACCUGAUUGGCGUUGCAGGGAGGCAGCUACCUAUGCUUUUGGGUCUAUCUUAGAAGGACCUUCCUUGGAGAAACUUUCACCACUAGUGAAUAUGGCGUUGAGUUUCAUUCUUAAUGCCAUGAAGGAUGAGAACAACCAAGUCAAAGAUAGCACUGCUUGGACUCUAAGUAGGAUUUUUGAGUUUUUGCAUGGACCUACAGUCCAAACCCCAAUAAUUACACCAGCUAAUCUUCAACCUAUUAUUGUCGUGUUGUUAGAAAGUAUUAAAGAUACACCAAAUGUUGCAGAAAAGGUUUGUGGUGCUCUGUAUUUUCUUGCCCAGGGAUAUGAGCAGGCUGGUUCAAGCUCUCCUCUUUCUCCUUUUCUUGCAGAUAUAAUUGGUGCUCUUCUUGCAACGGCAGAAAGAAAAGAUGCUUCUGACUCUCGUCUCAGGACAUCCGCAUAUGAGACCUUAAAUGAAAUUGUGAGGUGUUCUACUGCAGAAACUGCUAACAUUAUAGUGCAGUUGCUUCCUGUCAUAUUGGGUAAGCUGGCUCAAACCUUGGAACUCCAGAUAGUGUCGUCAGAUGAUAGGGAGAAGCAGAGUGAUCUCCAGGCAUUAUUGUGUGGGGUAUUGCAGGUAAUUAUACAGAAGUUGGGAGGUGUGGAUGCUACUAAAUAUGCUAUUCAGCAAUAUGCUGAUCAAAUGAUGGCUCUAUUUCUUCGAGUAUUUGCCUGCAGAAGUGCAACAGUCCAUGAGGAAGCAAUGUUGGCUAUAGGGGCUCUUGCUUAUGCUACUGGUGGUGAAUUUGCUAAGUAUAUGCCAGAGUUCUAUAAGUAUGUUGAAAUGGGUCUACAAAAUUUUGAAGAAUAUCAAGUUUGUGCAAUUAGCGUAGGUGUGGUUGGGGAUAUUUGUCGUGCUUUGGAUGAAAAGGUUCUUCCUUAUUGUGAUGGUAUUAUGACACAACUUCUGAAGGACCUGUCAAGUGCUCAGCUUCACCGAUCAGUGAAACCACCAAUUUUUUCAUGCUUUGGAGAUAUUGCUCUUGCUAUUGAUGGUAAUUUUGAAAAGUAUCUAAAUUAUGCCAUGCCAAUGCUUCAAGGAGCAGCAGAGCUUUCAGCCCAUACAGUUGGGCAAGAUGAUGAAAUGGUUGAUUAUAACAAUCAAUUGAGAAAUGGUAUUUUUGAAGCAUAUUCAGGAAUUUUCCAAGGCUUUAAGAAUACAAAGCCUGAGCUCAUGAUGCCGUAUGCAGCUCAUGUUUUGCAGUUCAUUGAGGCAGUCUUUCGAGAUAAAGAAAGGGAUGAUAGUGUUACAAAGGCUGCAGUUGGUGUUUUGGGUGACCUUGCAGAUACUCUUGGAAGCAAUGCUGCACUUUUAUUCCGGAAUUCAGCUUUCUUCAAGGAGUUCCUUAACGAAUGUAUGAUGUCUGAAGACAACCAAGUGAAAGAGACUGCAUCUUGGGCCCAAAUGACAAUUGAACGUAUUAUAUCAGCUUGAAUCUCUUAUACUGUUCAUACAUUGAAGUUUUUUGUUCCAUCUGCCACUAGUAUUGUUUAAAAGUAGUCAGCGUAGGCAUACAGAACCAUUUGAUGUCCUUAUAUGUUUGAUUUUAUUAGAUGUUGUAUUUCCAUAUGGCUCAAGUUCUGUCUACAUUUAAUAUCUUUGUCUACAUAGAACACUAUUGGUUUGCAAUAGUGACGGAAUUUUUUGGUUCUUUUGCACAUCCACAAAAGUUGUGGUUUGGAACACUAUAGUUCAGAAGUCAGCAAUCCAUUUUGAUUGUGAUGGAUAUCAUUUACUUUCCACUGGUAAUUACAGCCAUUUUGAGGUUGGACAACAUAUUAUAACAGGUGUUUGAGGUUCAAUUGCUUUGAACCUGAUAAACAUCUAACUGUUAUCAUGUUGAACUGGUAAAAUUAAAUAAUCAUUUUAUCUUCUUCA